CCGGUACUCUGGCCGUCCGGUCGGCCCUGGCCAACCCAGUCCCUCCCGUCAGCCUGCCAUGAACGAGCCCCGCGUGCGGCUCAUCGUCACCGGAGAUGACUUCGGCUACUGUCCGCUGCGCGAUCAGGGCCUUGUGGAGGCCUUCCUGGCGGGGGCGCUGACCGGGGUCUCCCUCCUGGUCAAUGGCGCGUCUGCGGACACCGCGGCCCAGCUAGCCCGCAGGCAUGGCAUUCCGGCCGGCCUUCACGCCAACCUGAGCGAGGGGCGGCCCGUGAGCCCCAGCCUGGGCUCCAGGGCCUCCCUGAUCGGCCCCGGUGGCUUCUUCUUGGGCAAGAUGGGCUUCCGCAAGGCGCUGGCCGAGGGCCGGGUAAUGUUACCCGAGGUGCGGGAGGAACUACGCGCGCAGCUCAGCCGCUUCCAGGACCUGCUGGGCCAGGAGCCCACCCACGUGGACGGCCACCAGCACGUGCACGUGCUCCCAGGUGUGCGCCAGGUGUUUGCGGGGGUGCUGCGGGAGCACGGGGUCCGGUACACCCGGGUGCCGGUGGAGGCCGGCCUGCGCCGCUGCGACUGGCUGGAGCCCCAGCUUCGGACCUUCGCCUUGGCAGUGGAGGAGGAUGCCCAGGCCGCUAAGGAGGAAUUCAAGGAGCUAGGCCUUCGGUGGCCUGACGCAUUCAUAGGCUUAAGCACCAUGGGCAAGGACAUGUCUGUGAGCAGAAUUGAGGCUGCCAUUGAGCGGGCCGUGGAGAGCGUCCUGAGCCGGGAGGAGAUCUUGCAGGGAGGCCGAGCUGUCACCGUGGAGCUCAUGACCCACCCUGGGUACCCCAGUGUCUCACCUACCAGUGGCUGUGGGGAGGGGCCUGACGCCUUCUCCCAGUCCUGGGAGCGGCUGCAUGAGCUGCAAACCCUGCUGGACCCCGCCCUCCACAACUCCUACCGGCAGAGAAGCAUCAAACUGUGUGCCUUAGAGGACUUAUGAGGCUGGGGAGGAGGCCAUGCCCUCCAUCCAAGCCAGCAAGAGCCUGCACUUCUCCCCUGUCUCCAUCACUUGUCCAAUGGGAGAUCUGGACAAGUCACUUCUGUUCCCUUGGCUGUGAAAGGAAGGGCUCAGUCUCCCUCUCAUCUCCCUCUGACGGGCAGCCUGGCUUGGGCCUCAAGGUCCUCACCCCGGAAGACCUCGAAGGCUCCUUCUAGCUCUAGAUCCGCCAUAUCUCCGUGAGCCAUUGGGGGCAGGAGGGAGAGACAGACUUGGACUUCAAAUGCCUCGAUUUGAGUCUUGGCUCUGACAGUGACUAGCUGUUUCACCAGUCUGCCUCAGUUUCGACAGCAAAAUGGCGAUAACAGCAA